GGACAACUAACAUCAUCUGUUGCUGUAGCCCCUUCAGGAGAGGCUGACCAAGUGAGAAAGUGGUGUAAGAAGAAAACUUUGCUGAAGUACUUUAUCUGACAGUCCUAUUAAGCAGUCAUGGAAACAACGGUAUUGGACUCCAUGUUGGUGGUAGCUCUCCUUGUUGUGCCUGUGGUUGUCCUGGCUGGACUGUGUAUGAGCUGCAGAAAACCCCCUCACACCUCUAUACAGCAGAAAUAUGAGGACUAUGAUGAAACUCGUCCUGACCCAGUAGCACUGGGGGGAUUUCGUAUUGUGAGAACUACAGGCCCAGCGGUCCCUGUCUCCACCAUUCACAUGAAUACAAGUGGGGGCUCUGGAUACUCCUCCCAUCUUCUGUCUGCCUCGUCUCCCAUUCAGCCGCAAAGUCGCCCCUCUUCCUUUUCUCCUACUGAAGAUGGAAGUAUUCCCAGCUAUGAGAACCAGGAACCUCCGCAAGGUGUCGAUGACAAAGAAGACGAUGACAUAACAGGCUACAUACAGGUGCUGCCAGACCCUCCUGUCAUUGUGUCCAUCUGUAGAUCUCAGCAGAGUCUUCCCUCCAUGCAAAGCUCUGGUGCUGGUGAUUAUGUGAAUGUGGAUUCUGCGAGUGAGAAAAGCUAUAUCAAUGUGAAGGAUGAGUUCACCCAUGGACUUCUACCAGGCUCCUCCCGUGAGAGCAUGGACAGCGAGGAGGACAAUGGCAGUUCUGAUUACGUCAAUGCCCCCCCGCGCAGAGGUUCUUUAGUACAUUUACCCCUAUUCGUUUAA